AUGGCUUCUAUAUUUUUACGCAGUAAUGUAAUAACCCGAAAUUUAAAACGGCCAUAUUAUCAAAACAAACGUAAUUCAGGAUAUGUUGUGCUUAUUCCAGAAAUAGGGGAAGAUGGAGAUAAAAACACUUUAUUAUCAGAUAAUGGCUUGCCAGAAUUUAACGAUAUUACGAUUGAGAAGUGCAUUGCUACUAUCAGUAAACAAAGCAUGGAAUACGAGAAUGGAGUAAGACAGGUGGAAGAAUCGAGCUUAAAUUGCAAAAAUGCAUUUACAGAAAUCUUUCAACCACUAGAGAAGCUUGAUAGUCAGCUAGAGCUAACAUGGGGAAUGGCAAAAACUUUGUACUUAGGAAAUAGUUCAUUAAUGCCUACAAAGUCAUAUAUUCAAAUUCACGAAAGAGCACACAAAGCAAGAUCAUCAAAAUUUAACAGCAUACCUAUCUUUCAUGCUGCAGUUAAUGAAAAAAAUAGAUUAAAAAAAUUAACUGAUGAAGAACAAAGGCUCUUAGACAAAUAUAUCCUAGAAGGGAAACUUAACGGAUUAGAUGUAAAAGGCAUUAAGCGGGAAAGGCUUAAUAAUGUUUUAAAUGAAAUAAGAAAAGAAAAAGCUCUUAUCAGAGAUAAGGUUAAUGUUGCCACCAAAAAUUUUAGUAGUAUUAUAAAUAAUGAACAAUUUGCUGGAGAAUUUCCUGAAAGCUUAGCUAAAUCUAUGUCUGUUAAUAAUGAUGCAAAUAAAGGUCCAUGGAAAAUUACUCUGCAACCUCAUAUUUAUGAGCCAUUUAUGCAAUACUGUCCUGACAGAAGCUUACGAUGGAAUGCCUGGCAAGCACUAGUACAACGUUGUUCAGGAUAUGGCAAUAAGGACUUAGAAACAAGUACCAAUAUAGAAAGUUUGCGAAGCUUACGCAUGGAGCAAGCAAAAAUAUUGGGUUAUGACUCAUUCGCAGAUAUGAGUAUGGAAACUAAAAUGGCUGGAUCAGUUGAAAAUAUUUUCAACAUAUUCGAUGGUCUGUUAGAAAUUGCACGACCUAUUCAAGACUUAGAAAUUGAUUCAUUACAAAACUUUGCGGCAGACAGAGGAUUUGACAAAAAAUUAGAACUGUGGGAUAUUCCAUACUGGCAGAGAAAAGAAAAAUGGUCUCUGUACAAUUUUGAUGAGAAUAAAAUAAGAGAAUAUUUCCCACUUCCUAAAGUAAUUAACAGCCUUUUUAACUUAUGCAGUGCACUUUUUAAAAUACAAAUAGUUGAAAGAUCAGACAUUUACACAUGGCAUAAAGACGUUAAGUUUUAUGAUGUUUACGACGAUUCCAGUAAUAGACCCAUUGCCGGAUUUUAUUUAGAUCCAUAUGCUAGAGAGGAUGAAAAAAUUCGAGUGUACGACGAUGCAGGAUGGCACGUGUCGAUUCGAAAUAAGAGCUCUGUUGCGGAUACCCAACCAUUAUCUGCUCUAAUUUUCAAUUUCCAAGCACCAUCCGAUGGCCAGCAAUCACUACUUUCAUUUAAAGAAGUCAAUGUCCUCUUUAAACGUUUUGGGCACUCGCUUCGGCAUUUACUAACAAAAGCAAACUAUUCUGAAGUGGCUGGGCUUUCUAAUGUUGAAUGGGACGCGGCAGAAGUUUGUGGUGAAGUAAUGAAACAUUGGCUGUAUGACCCGCACACUAUACAGGCUAUCAGCGGGCACUAUAAAACAGAAGAACCAUUGCCAGAUGAGAUUAUUACAAACUUGCAAAACAUUCGGAGGCACAUGUCUGGAUACGAUUUAUGUAAAGAAUUGUAUUUAUCUCGGCUCGAUUUAGAAUUACAUUCAAAAAAGACAUUCUGGCGAGAUCUCGUGAAAGAACUGUGGCCGCAAUACAACGCAUUGCCUUUCGACAAAUACGAUUCACAUCCGCUUUCAUUCACAAAAAUAUUUUCUGAAGAAUGGGGCGCUGCAUAUUAUUGCCAUUUAUGGUCGAAAAUGAUCGCGGCUGAUAUUUAUAGCGCAUUUGAUGAGGCUAGAGAGGGGGAUCAAGAUGUAAUGACUAUUGGAAAGAGGUAUAAAGACACUUUCCUCGCGACAGGUGGAAGCUGCCACCCGAGUGAAGUGUUUAGAAGAUUCCGCGGCAGAGAUCCUUCGCCUCACGCCCUACUUAACAAUCUUGGGCUCACCAAAAAAAUUGUAGAGGAA